AUGUCAUAUAUUAAUCUAGUAUUUGGUUUAAAUUUUGAUAAUUAUACAAUCAAAUACAUAAAUUCAAUUUCAGAAAUGAAUUAUAAAAACAUUUCAAUCAUAUAUAAACUAAUAAAUUCAACAUCAAUAAUUUUACAUGAUUCAAAUCUAAAUUUAAAAACUUCAAAUUGGAAAAUUAUCUCAAGUUCAUUCCCCAAAUCAAAUUCUAUUUCAUUUCCAUUAUCUAAUUGUUUAAACCAAGUUUAUGGAUCAGGAGGAACAAUUGAAUUUCAAAAAUAUACAGUUACAGCAUUUAGAAAUUCAAUUGAUUUUGGAUUACAUUUAAAUAUUAUAUUUUAUUAUGAAAAAGUUGCACAAGUUUAUGAAUUAACAAAACAGGUGAUUAUUAGAAGUACUUAUGCAUGUAAUGUACAAGAGGGGCUAAUAGGUCAAAUAUGGAUUAGAGGAAUGGAAAUUGAUGAAUUUGAUAUAGAUAUACAUGAUAUUAAAAUUGUGAAUCAAUGGUUUUGGAGAAAGAAAAAUAGAAAAAAGAAAUAUAAUUUGAAAUUAUGGAGGAAAUUUAAAAGUGUUAAACUUAUUAAAUCCAAUAAUUACAUGAUUUCAUGUAUUACCGAUGAUGAUAUAUUAAAUUGUGAUGGUAGUAGAAUACCAAAUGAUUUUACAAUUGUAUAA